AUGAAUGGAAAUCGUUUAACAUCGCUGGAUAGUCUCGGUUCAAUAGCCAAUUAUGGCACUGCUUCAAUGAUAUUUAGUAAUAACAAUAUUACAAGCCUUCCUACGACCUUAACGAGCUCUUUUACUCUCGAGAAUUUAGAAUUAGCAAAUAAUCAGCUUGUUGAAUUACCUAUGUGGAUAUACAAUGUUCAAAUUAAAACUAUUAAUCUUAUCCAAAACAAAUUCGAUGAGAAAGAGAAAGAUUGGAUCGUUGGAAUGUUUCGUCUUUCAAAUGCAGCAGUUUAUAUUUGA